AUGGAUACACCUGGAUCUCUAGCAGGAAUUGAGUACGCACUAGAUGUUCUCGGAGCAGACGGUGGCACUCUGUUCACGAGAUAUGGAGAUGAAAACAAUUAUCUAGGCUACAGUGCGCGAAAGACACUAGUAUUCUUCCAUCCUACGCACUCAGUAAACACUACUUCAACAAAUCCCCUUCUUUCGCAGCCAGUUAUUGACUACUCUCACAAGACGGCUCGUACUGCGGUUGACUUAUCAUUUUGCAAUGUAACUCAAAAAUUCCUUAAUUGGCCGAAAAAUUCCCUCGCAUGCAGGGGGCUUGCUUCCAUACCUAAUAUCUCGGCUUCGAGAGCAACUAGCUCCACAAAGAUAACGUUUGGUAAAACAAAUGAAGAGAUUAUAGAUGACUUCCGGCCCUUCUACUAUGAUGUAGCACUAUCAAGCUCAUCUUCUAUUUUGAAUAUGAUCCGAGAUUUGGUUCCUCAUGCUCAUAUCACCUACGGCCUGCUGCCUGUGUACAUAAGCUUGGAUUUAGCCAGAUUGCUGACAUUUUUCCAAGGAUCUGACUUCACAUACGCUGGUUCGAACAAGAUUACAGGAUUCAGGGAAGACUUGGAUGCAUUCGCUAUAUAA